GCGCUCAUUCGGAUAUCCGUCCCCAUCGUCAUCUUUGUUCUUGGUGCCUUUUUGAAAUAUAACCCCUGUCUUUUUAUGGCCUCUCCAGCAGUCGCAGGGUUAAUGUUUAGCUGCAGCCGUUGGAGGAGGGAGAGAGAGACACUCAGAGGAGAGGUGGGGGUCUGGCCCACAGCUGUUGUAGUAGGCUGGGUCUAUUGGGGUAGGAUGCCUGCCUCACACUCCCUUGAACAAUGGGAGGACAUGGAGGCCACUGCAGACGGCAGAGACAGUUUCCUCGCACUUGCCUAAGGACAGGCACUGUACUUCCACAGUAAUGCAAGGAGGAUUUCCAAGGAGGGACGCUCAAAAAUCACUAAGGCUUUCUUUGUGGCAUUUGCGGAUUCUGCUCCGCUGUGUCUCGCAUUUGCCUUGCACGGGCUGCUCUGAAACGUCUGGGAUGCUCUGACUGGAAUUAAAGGUUGAGACAAUGUCGGAAGAGGCUCAAAAUAGAGUAGAUGAGGACUUUGAGUCUGAGGAGGGUGAUUUGGAGUCCUAUCUAGAGGAAGAGAGUAGCAGUGAGCUUCUGGAGCGAGUGAGAGAACUUCAAGCAGAGAACUCUGCCCUUUCAUUAGCAAACGAGAGUCAGAGAGAAGCAUAUGAACGAUGCUUGGAUGAGGUGGCCAACCAUGUUGUCCAGGCUUUACUCAAUCAAAAGGAUCUCAGAGAGGAAUGCAUCAAACUGAAAAUGCGUGUUUUUGAUUUGGAGAGGCAGAACAGAACACUGUGUGAGCUUCUGCAGGAGAAACUGCACAGUCAGUCUUGUGUACAUCAGCAGCAGCCAGGACCCUGUCUGGAGCACAUUGGUGAGCUACAGCAGAGUGAAUCUACCAAACUGAUUGAGGCUCAAAGGAAUGCACAGGCCAAGGGUAACAGCGAAUGUGCACAAAAUUCCGUACCCGAGACUCAAGGCUCGUCCACAUCCAUGGAGGCCAUGUCCCCAUUCUUGAAGAAGAAAGCACACAUUUUGGAGGUUCUCCGCAAACUUGAAGAAACAGAUCCACUUCGGUACCAUCGUUCCUCUGGCAUUCCCUCCAUCUGUGACUACAGUCAGGCUCUUGCCUCUAAGGAGGCUGUAUUAGCCUGCAGAGACAAUACAUCCAGGUGCAAUGCACCCAAAGCACAUUGUUCCCAUUCCUGUCCAGAUGUUUGCACACAUCAGCAUUUGAAUGGAGGAGAGCACAGCAAUGUAAAGUGUGGUAGUUGUAGCACAUGUUUGAUGCUGUCCAAUAAAGAUUCCGUCAGCUUAGCCAAGAGUAGCCACAACUGUUGCACUUCAACCCCCAUUACCAUUGAUAACCUCAAUUUGGCUCGGCCCGAUUUCCAAGAGAAUGUGGAAAUGCAGAGCCUUGUGAAACCUGCCACAGGUACAAGUGAACUGUUUGUAAACAGGACUUCUGGAGAUAUGUCGAUUCUUUCAGCAGAGCAAGGUCUUAUACCGUCAGUUGAUCCUCACUCAUUAGAAGCCCCUGAAUCAUACUCAAGAUUGACUAUUUCAGAAAGAGAUCAGCCAAGGGGAGUCUCUGACCAUGUGUUGGUAGAUACAAGAGAAAAGAAUAGGUUGUCUGAUCUUCUCCUUGAGUGUCAAUCCAACAGGUCAAGCAGCAGCACCUGUAAUGAGACUAUUUGUGACGAUGGCACAAUUGAUGUGGUGCUGCUAGACUCAGAUUUAAAGCACUUAAAUGCUAUAGCACCUCAAAGGCUUGAUAAAGAAGAGUUUGCGACAAAGGAUGACUCUGACUGUGUCUAUCGAGCCAACAUAGCCUCCUCAAAGCUGCCUACUCUUGGACUAAAAGACACACACUGUGAGAUUGACAGCAGCGAACAGGUCCACAAAGGUCUGUUAUUUUCUCCCAAUGAGAAUCAUACUGCCUCAAAAGUACUGGAUGACAUCUCUGUACCUGUAAAAGAUACCCCAUCUGACCCUCAGUCCAUUAGAUCGAAAGUUGCAGUCAGCCCGAGUCAAGUUUCCUGCCUUAGAGAGGUCAAGGCCUCACCCUCCAAACUGCUCAAGUUCCUUAAGAUCCCCACUAUUGGAGAACGUACUGCAGUACCUCCACCUCGUCUCAGUCCUCAGUUGACAAGAAGCUCAAAGAUUCCUUGCCGGAGCAACAACUAUGAGGUGCACAGUUCACCUGUAGCCACACGAAAAGCCACCACGACUGAGAGGCAAAGACAGGUGACCCCUCCAAAAUCAGAGUCACACUCUGCUCCAACUUCUCCACCCCAACCUGAUGAUGUCCCCACACCUUUGCCAAAGGAUCUUGGUUGUGGUAUCCCUAAAACAAGUCGUGUAGCUAAGCCUACACAAAGUACUCACAAUCAGAAAACCCCUCAGAAAAUUCCACACUACGAAAAUGUCUCAGAUAUCUCCAAAACGAGCAACACUGAUGUAUCCCAGCUGCUUGGAGAAGUGAGCUCAUCUCUUCAAAAUUCCAGCCCUGCUAAUGAAGGUGCAAAAGGAAAGCAGACAAAGUUUGGUGUAGAGAGACCAACGAGUCUUAAGCAUAAGGAGAUCUCACCAGAGUCAGAUUCUUCAGACCAAGAGGACAGCUCGGAGAGCCCAGUGUGGCAUAAGCAAGUCAAUCAUCGCAGUCUGCCCAGUCAGUCAUCAUCCCAGAAGGCUCAGACUGGGAUUAGCACUAGAUCAAGGAGCCAAGAGAAAAAUGAAAUGGCAGACAAUGAUUCACAGAGCUCAGAAUCACCUUUUAAAAGGAGCGAUCCACCGCCUGUUCCUAAGAAAUCAGGGAUUGGAAGACAUUCAGGUGAGUCAAGUCAUUCCUUUAAAGAACGACUGGCUGCACUUGGCAAGUUGAGGAACCCAGAUGAGUCUGCAGCAUGUCCUCCACUUGCAGAGAAGAAAGAAAUCCAGUCUGCUGCAAGCAUACCAACAAGAACCACAGAUAAAAGCAAAACUGCUGACAGAAACUCUGAUUGCAAGUCAGGGGAGUAUAGACUUCCUAAAAACACAGAUUCAAUUGAGGACAAAUCAUACCAUUCAGGUCAUUAUGAUGGUGCUGUUUCAAAACAACCGGGAGCCUUCCAGCAUGUUGAGCAAACUGUCAGGUCUCUUCCGUCCAACACGUUAAUCUCCAAACUUGAACACGAAUCCCCUAGAACAUUCAUAGCCAAGCAAGAGAGCCCGAAAUCUAAGAUGCACCAACCGUCUGCUAACCUAGAAGCAGCACAGGCUUUGCGUAGCUAUGCUAAGAGUACAACUCCCCAUAGCCUUUCAUAUAACGGAAAAAAUGUUGCUAGUCCCCAUAGUAGCAGCCCCAAUAAAAUCCCUCUCAAGUCACCAACUAAAACUGUGCCACCCUCUAUGAACCGAGAAGGGAAACCUACUCCAGAGUUUCAAAGGUACAUGUCCAAAUCUGAAGACAGGAGCCAUCUCAGGGCCAAUAAAAAGAAGAAUUCUUCCUAUGGAGAGAGUCUUCCUCCGCCGCCACCAAGGCCGGUAGAGGCCGUUGAAGAAAAGAGGCACUCGGCCCCCAGUCCUCAGUCUUCUAUUGAGCAAAAGGUCAUGAAGGGCAUUGAGGAAAAUGUGCUGAAGCUGCAAGAGCAAGACAAAGGUCAGGUGGUCGAGGUCAAGCAAAAGGCUUCCAAUGGAAUCGCCAACUGGUUUGGUCUCAGAAAAAGCAAGCUUCCAGCUCUUAGCCGUAAACCAGAAACCUCGAAAGUGAAAGAUGACAAGAGAGAAUGGAAACUCAAUAUAUCCAAGGAUUCCAAGGGGGCUGCGAAGAAACCUGAGAGUGAGAGCCUAAACAUUUCAAUGCUGAUUGAGAAGGCAGAGGGCUUGCAUAAAGCUCUUGAAGAAGAACGGGCUUAUGUGAAUGGAGUGGCGUUGGACCGUCAAGGAAAGGGACAUUCAUGUGAGGUAGUGAUGGACCAAGCCCAAGGUCAGCUGUCUGUGAUGUAUAGAGGAGUGCCAUCUGACAACUUCAUGCAGCAACUUCUGAACCGGGUUGAUGGGAAGGAUACUAGUGGCAUCAGUAUGGCACAUAGACGUCUCUCAUUUGACUGUAAAUCCAGACCUGUUUUUAGUCACCAGAGUGCUGCCAUUGCUAGUCAGACACGAAGCAGUGAUGACAUGGAAAAGGUCUCUGCAUUACUAAGUAAAGACGUCACGUCGGACGACAACCUGGCUGAGACAAUUCAUCAUGAACACUUUGCAGGAUCUGGAAUCUCCACACACACUCUUGACAGCGGCAUCGGCACCUUCCCUCUUCCAGACUACAGUGCAAACGCUGGUUGUAAAAGCAUCCCAAAAGGAAAGGCCCACGGGGAGAGUGACCCUUCUCAUCUCCAGCCCAAACACGCAUCAGGGAUGAAGAUGUCCCACAAAGCCUGGAGCCUGGAGAGAGAGUUGUCAUCAUUAGAGGAGGAUUAUAUGGGCGGUCAGGACAUGGACCACCACACCAGCACUAUAGAAAACAAGAUUCCCUCCAGCCAGAUUGCAAACAUAGUUCAUGAUGGCACUGAUAUCUGUGGAGCCCCUAUGAAAUUAGGCCCCACAAAGAACUGGACUUUCCCAAACCUCAAAGCAUCUGCGGAGUCAACUGAGGUUUAUCUGGGUGUUGGAGACGCAGUGGAGCCGGUGACUCACAAGAGUUCAUUUAAGAGGCGCAACAAGACUAGUGAUUCAGUGGCCAGUCGUGAGGGAGAUCCAAGAAGUCUUCCUCAGCCCAGUCAGACACGCAGAGUCAAGAGCCGCAUUCCUGGAAACCCUGAGCUGGUGCGGGACACUGGUCUGGAGCUGGUAAGAGAGCGACCCGACGACGGCCUGUCCCCAAACCACCCGCAGGUCCUAGAGACGCCCGAGUCUCUGAGCGAUUCCCUCUACGACAGCCUGUCCUCGUGUGGCAGUCAAGGCUGAGCGAAUGAUAACCAGGUACCAUCCCUUUUUUUCUAACCCCCACCCCUGGAUUCUUGUGACGCUUCAGAUAUUUUCCGAAGGUGGACGCUUACAGGAUAACCCAUUUUUUUUGACCGUGAAACCCCCCUGCUUACACAAAAUACCCACGUUUCUAUCCUGAUGGUCGGAAGAAGGACUUCUUUUUUUUUUUUUUGUUCCAGUGUGUUUGUGGUGGUGUCAUUUAAGCCCAUUAUACUGACUUUUCAUCAUCUCAUUCGUGCUCUCUGUUUCAAGUGGUAGCAAAAGUAGUGAUGUUCCGCUCAUGUUGUCGUUCGGUUACAUUUUCGAGAACGAAAUCCAAGCUCAGUCUUCCAGUUUUUAAUCUCACAGAAUGUUCUGGUUCUCAUCAGUGCACACAUCUUUGGUAACAUUUGUGUAAAGUUAUUGGAAAGUGAAUGUUAAUAUAUGUGAUUUUUUUUAUUUUUAUUAUUGUUAAUUUAAUAUGCAUAUUUCAUGAAAAAAAAAAAAAACGCAUUUGUGUAAAAUUCGCAUCAGCCGUAGAUUUUGAUUCAUUGUGAUUAAAAGAAGAAAAAAGCGAGUAGCAGCAACACACAGUAAGUGCGAUCCAUAUAAGACAGAGCUACAGUGUUCCAUGGUGAAUUCUAUUUAUUUAUUUUCUUUGAAUAGUGUGGUAAGACAAGACCACCCUUUAUUGGUUACUCCUAUUCAAACGUACUGUGCCUGAUAUCUCUUUUGUUUGUUUGUUUUACUGUUUGUGUACUUGUCUUGAUGUGUGUUUAUAGGUUAGUUUGUUCUCCAGAUCUGCCCGUGACGUUUUGUUUGUUACAUUUUGAUUUUAGGGUGUGUUCACACUUAAUUUGAACAAAUGUAAGUUUAUUUGAACAAGUCUGAACGCUGCCUGCUGAACCUUGGAGCACACCAAAUGAGCUGACUCUGCUCCGCUUUGACUGAAAUGUGAAUGCAACACCAACCAAAGACAUCUAAACAAACCAAAAACAGAACAUGAUGUCACACAGAAAGGACAGACUGCUCAAUAAGGAUAAUUUUUUACACCAUAGUCACACAAUGUUGGCUGUUAGUAUAUAAGACUGUUUCCGCCACAAACAUAAAAUGACAAAAAAAGUAAUUUGUCUGACUUUUUUUCUGAGAAUUGCAUUUCGAUUUUACAUUUGCUAGUUAAGACGGCUGCACGAUUUGGAGAAAAAAGUCAAAUUGCGAUUUAUCUGAUCAAAAUUUCGAUUUGCGAUUUAAAAUGUGAUUUACAACCAUUACAUAAAAGAGCUACAGGUUUUAAAACCGCUUAAACAUUGUUGUCAUUUUUGUCAAAUAAAGUUGUUAGGUCAGUUUUUAUGACUAAUUGAGAAUGAAACUAUUAUUUUAAACUUUUACAUUUAGAUUGUGUUACAUUUUUUACAUUGAUUGAGAUAAUGUGCUUACGAACUUUCAGAACUUUCAAAAACAAUAUGCUUUACAAUAUUUAAUUAAAUGAAUAUCGCAGAUUUUAUGUUUUGAUUUUGCGAUUUCGGUUUAAAAAGGAUUAAUCAUGCUGGCCUACUGCAAGAUAUAUAUUUUUAAGGCAUUGAGUUAUGAAAUAAAUAUUGAGAAUUGGCUACAUUUCUGAUCUCUUUCCUCAUAACUAUAAUUUCUAAACUCAUAAUUGCGAAUUAUUGAAAUCUAUGCACUAGGACUCGGAACUUGGGAUGCUCGAAACGCAGUGGCAAUAUAUAUUGGCUCACUGCCCACAAGGCUAUCGGCAGUGUUGGGGAACGUUACUUUAGACAGUAAUGCAUUACAAUAUUGAGUUACUUCCCAAAAAAGCAACUAGUUGGAUUACUUAGUUACUUUUUAUGGUGAGUAAUGCGUUUUGUUACUUUUGAGUUACUUUUGCAUUUUUCAGACCUGGCUGAGGCUUGAUCUCCUUCAAAACUUGAAGGUUUUUUUCUGCUUUUUUUUUUUUUUUAAAGAGGAGCUCUGCAAUUCACAACGCACUGUAUAAUCUUCAUUUACCUUUAAAAAGCUAAUUAAAAAAAUGAAUGUAGGAUAAUGUUAUCUUUGGAGAACUUCCUGACCCUAUACAAGCCAUAUUUACAGAAUAACGAAUAAAACUUAAGCAAUGCAUUUGCUACUUUUCUACUUUUUGUCUUAUAAAAAGAUAAAAUCACUGCCAUUCAGAUAAUCCUCUUUUCCUUUUCUUCCAUGUGUUCAAAAUAAUGAGACUAUUUCCUAAUUUCCUAUUUCCUGACUACAUUCACUUUAAUUCAGCAAUUUAUUUUUUAAAAAGCGAAUUAACUAACUUAAAAAGUAACUCGCAUUACAUUUUAUAAAGUAACUCAAAUUUCAUUAUUUAGUUUUUAAAAGUAAUGCCUUACUUUACUCGUUACUUAGAAAAGUAGUAUUAUCACCUAACCCAAGUUACUAGUAAUGCGUUCCCCCAACACGAGCUAUCAGCGCAGACAUAAAGUCCAUUUCUAAGGGAAUUAAAAAAAGACAAAUACAAGUCUGUUUCUUACUAUUCUGACUUACAACACAAUUGUGAGAAAAAAGUGACGAUUAUCUGUUUUAUGCAGUGGCGGAAACAAGAUUCCUCA